GAGAAGUGUAUGUUUGCCUGUUGGUUGGGAGCCAGGCGGCUACAUGCGACACUGGAGUAGUUCAUACAGCAGACGCGCACCUCACAUCCCAUUCAGAGAGUUACAGCUGCAUCAAGGUUCUGACCCAAGCUGACGGGACAGAGGGUUGAGGGAAUCUCCUAGCAGAGAGCAUCAUGGGAGGAGCCGUGGUAGACGAUGAGCCUAGUGAUGUGAAGGCGCCAGACGGAGGGUGGGGCUGGGCUGUGCUCGCCGGGGGGUUUGUCAUCACUGGGUUCUCCUAUGCCUUCCCCAAGGCUGUCAGUGUGUUUUUCAAGGAAUUGAUCAGGGAGUUCGGAGUGGGAUAUAGCGACUGUGCAUGGAUUUCUUCUAUACUGUUGGCCAUGCUCUAUGGCACAGGUCCACUGUGCAGUGUGCUGGUGAACAAGUUUGGGUGUCGGCCAGUGAUGAUGGUGGGAGGGCUCUUUGCCUCCUUGGGAAUGAUUCUUGCGUCCUUGGCCACCAGUAUCAUACAUAUUUACCUCUGUACUGGAGUUAUAACGGGUCUGGGCCUGGCACUGAACUUCCAGCCAUCUCUGAUCAUGCUGAAUCGUUACUUUAGUGAGAAGAGGCCUCUAGCUAACGGACUGUCUGCUGCCGGGAGCCCUGUGGCCCUCUGCUGCCUCUCACCUCUGGGCCAGGUACUGCAGUACCACUACGGUUGGAGAGGCGGCUUCCUUAUCCUGGGAGGUCUGCUGCUCAACUGCUGCGCAUGUGGGGCCCUGAUGAGGCCCCUGGUGGGCCCCAAGAAGCCCCAGGACCAGGAGUUACAGGCUGUAGACCAAGCAGAAAAAAAGCCCAAACCUCCAAAGAAGCUCCUGGACUUUAGCGUAUUUAAAGACCGAGGUUUCCUCAUCUAUGCCAUAGCUGCGUCCAUCAUGGUACUGGGUCUGUUUGUGCCCCCUGUGUUUGUGGUGAGCUAUGCCAAGGAGAUGGGGAAUGAAGACACCAAGUCUGCCCUCCUCCUCACCAUCCUAGGGUUUGUUGAUAUCUUCGCCCGGCCCACGUGUGGGCUGAUCGCGGGGAUGAAGUGGGUCCGUCCUAGAUGUGUGUAUCUGUUCAGCUUCGCCAUACUCUUUAAUGGCAUCACCGACGUGGUCAGCUCACAGGCGACAGACUAUCCUGGUCUGGUGGUGUUCUGUAUCUUCUUUGGCCUCUCUUACGGGAUGGUAGGGGCGCUGCAGUUCGAGGUUCUCAUGGCCAUCGUGGGCACCAAGAAGUUCUCCAGCGCUUUAGGGCUGGUGUUGCUCAUGGAGGCAAUCGCUGUGCUGGUGGGACCGCCUGGAGCAGGUCGUCUGCUGGACACCACCCAUAACUACAUGCAUGUGUUCCUGCUUGCUGGCUGUGAGGUCAUUCUGGCCUCCAUUGUCAUCUGCCUGGGCAACUUCCUGUGCAUCAAGAAGAAGCUAGACGAGCCCGAAGCCCAUCUAGAGAAUGGAGCCCCUGCAGAGAUGGAGAAGCUCAACAGCCUGCCAGAGGGAGGGAAGACUGAGAGCGAGCAGCCGGACGGGGUGAGGGCAGGCUCGGGAAAGGCGAUGGAGGGAGCAGAGAAGAGUGGAGGGGUGGGGAACCCAGAGACGGCUCUGUGAUAGAGGGGAGAUUGCUAAUGAAUUACGGAGAGAGGGACUGAUGAGCCCGAUGAAGUACCAAUAGGGAAGACAUGAGUACACACUCUGACGGAGGGAGGGAUGGAUUGCGGUGCACUGUACGUGUUUGGUGUACUUUAAUAUGCACAGUGUUACAUAGUGUUGUUUUUACAGUAACAUAUCUAGUGUUGAUAUAGGAGUUAAAUUAACUCUGUAGGUGUUACAUUAACACUGAGUGGUGUAAUAGAACCCCAAUGUUGGUGUUAAUAACCAGCUUUGACUCCAAUCAUUAUCAUAUUUCCCAGCAUGGUAAAUUGCAUGUUUGUUUUUUAAAAUCUUUGUUUUAUGUUUUUGCAGAUUAAUUAAUCUUGUUCUACUCAAAUAUAACGUACAUUUUUCUAAACUAAUCCAAUAUGUUACCUGGACUUAUUGCACCCUUUACUGAAAUGGUUGUUCCAGUUUAGAUACUUUUGGUAGUCUCCUACAGUAUCUUAGUAUUCCCAAUCCUGGCAAUCAUUCUGAAUAAAAAAUAAAACAUUCCAAAUGUUGGAUAUCCCACUCUGGCUGGAUUCCAUUAGGAAUUACACAUCACUUUGCAAGCCAGCAUAAAUUUACUUGCAGGCCAAACCGUGAGUUUCAGGCCACUCACAGGAUACAUCAAAAUAAGGCCUUAUGAAAUAUGUAUUGUCAUAAAGAAUUCAAUUUUAAUGAUAACAUUUGCUUAGGAUCUCAGUUAGUGAAGGCCACAAGACUGAAAAUGAACAAAUGCAACAACCAUGUCUCUGUCAUUAACAAAUACAGUCAUGGGUGGUAACUCCACAAUUUACUUGAAAGACAACCUGGGAAAUUUGAAAAUAAGGCUUUACACUAACACUGGAAAGAGUGGACCCAUAUAGACACUGGAAGAGUGGUAGAUUUAACACAGGAGAAUUAGCUGUGUACAGACCAGCACCCAUACCAGAAAGAACACUACAUGUUUUCUGGAAUCUCACUGCCACACACACUUGCAGGAACCAAAGAGCAUGUGCACACACACCCAUUCAACCUUGAACUAACCAAUACUUGUCACUGCCUGACUCAUCAGUUGUUGAUACAGAAAAUAAUAACGAACAACUUCAUUUCCAGGACAUUUCCACAGUGACGGUAUUUGUUUAUGGAGACACUCCCCAGUGAGGAGAGAUGAAAGAAACAAUGGAAUUCUUCUUUCCUCCUGGGUGACAGUGGCCUCCAGUGACUUGAGAUCUUGAAGUGACUUCUUUCCUCCUGGGUGACAGUGGCCUCCAGUGACUUGAGAUCUUGAAGUGACUUCUUUCCUCCUGGGUGACAGUGGCCUCCAGUGACUUGAGAUCUUGAAGUGACUUCUUUCCUCCUGGGUGACAGUGGCCUCCAGUGACAUGAGAUCUUGAAGUGACUUCUUUCCUCCUGGGUGACAGUGGCCUCCAGUGACGUGAGAUCUUGAAGUGACUUCUUUUCAAAGACAAGAAACAUCUCUGCACGAGAAGAGUUUUAUUUUAAUUUAAUUUUUUUAAGACCUCGAGCUGGUUUCCCAAACCCAGAUUCAGCUUAGUCCUGGACUGAGAAGCAUGCUCAAUGGAAAUUCUUAAUUAAAAGUGUUUUUUAGUUCAGGACUAGGUGUGAUCUGUGUUCGAGAAAGUAGCCACAAAAGUAUUAUUUCAACUACCCAUGUUGUGGCAGGUUGCAGGCAACAUGGGUUAUUGUAUGAUUGAUGGUGUGACAUAUACUAUUUUAUUAAAGGUCCAAUGCAACAGUUUUUAAAAAUCUCAAUAGCAAAUCAUUUCUGGGUAACAAUUUAAGUACCUUACUGUGAUUGUUUUCCAUUAAAAUUGUCAAAUAAAAUAAAGCUUUCUUAGCAAAGAGCAAUUUCUCAAGCAAGAAUAUUGAUAAUACUGUCAGAGUGGUCUGAGUGUGGAAGGGUAAACUAGCAGUUAUUGGCAAAGAGGUUUGGAACUCUGUUUCUUAUUGGUCUAUUGAUGUCACCAGGCAGGACAAAACUCCAUCCCACCAAAACAGGCUUCAAGUUCAGGCAGUCUUUUCAAACAGCUCUUACACUUAAAGGGCAUUUUCACAAUUUCACAGUAUUAUUCCAACCUCCGUGUCAAAAUAAAAACAGAAAUCACGUUUUUGACUGCACUAGGUCUUUAUGGUAUAAUGUUACUGAGUUAUACAGGUUACAGUAAGGUCUAGGUGCUUGGUGAAAUUUUAUGAGAGCAUCUCUCUGUGUUGAAAUCAUUAUCCGUUUCUUUUAACAAAAAAGUCAUAUUCAGCCAGUAACCUAACACGCACACACAGUUUCUGAUAUAAAUAUAUAUUUACUCCAUGAACUGAAUACGUUUAAGCCUUAUUUUAUUACACAUAUUUCACUGUUUGUCUUCCAAUGUAAGGAUUUUGUCAUAGCUGAGAUGUUUGAUAAAUCACAUUGAACUGGACAUUUUUAUUUAUAUACUGAGGGCAUUAGCGUGUCACUUUUCUGCUAGAAUGCAGUGCUUGUUUCAGUGUUUUUGUUCGGACUGCAGAUGUACAUUUUAAAGGAUAUUUCAAGCAUUUGUCUAUGUUGUUUACGCUGACAGGUGGAGUAAGAAUGUUGGCAGUCUACAGCUGGGAGUCUACAAAGAUCCUGUUGUGUAGUGUUGGUGUAUCCAAACUUAACCAAACCCUACACAACUGUAUCUCUUUAGAUCUGAAAAGCGGGACCCCUUAACAUGUGACAGGAUAUGGCAUUAUAGCUAACCCCAGCCCACUGAUGUAAUAUAGAGUAAGACCUAUUUUAUAUAGUAGUGCCUUAAACCUAAUACAUUGGCAUCUGGGGAUGCUGUGAAAUUGACCAUAUGAAAAGCUGAUUACCCAGAAAUAGAAUAUAUAGUGGUAUGUUGAUAUUUUCUUACACUGAUGCAGUGUAUUACAAUGCCUGUGAUGUCACCUGAUAAGUUAUCCCAGCUAAACAAAGUGAAGCACUUCGCUCUGCUCUAUGAAGGUUGGCUUUGCACUUGUAAAACUGUGUGUAGUCAGUAUUGUCCUAUAUGAUUCUGCAUGUUGGUAUAUUGUAUAUAUUGGUCUGCCUAUUUUGUCUGUCUGUGUGAGAUCUUUGUAUUUAUGAAUUAUAGAUCUGCAGACACUUAUAAACCACAACCAUGUCCACGAGCACCCUCAUGGUUGAAUGUCAAACGUUCAUUUAUUCAAUUCAUAUUCUUCUGAGAUAUGGCUGCUUCUUGACGUGUUCCUAUGCCAUCCCAAUAAAUAUCUCUUUUGUGGAGAAAGUGGCUGGUUCUUUAACACUUGAUAGUGAGCAUGUUGACUCUCUCUUUAGAUGCUCUAUUGGGAAUGGAAACACAAACAUGUCAGUGAGUGUUUAAGCCGAGGCCUACUCUCCAAUCCUCGUAGGCAGGAUGUGUUGUAUUUAGUAACAUAGAUGGAGGUAGUCUUGGUUGUAUUGGUGGUAGCACAAUGUGCCAAAUAAACAACGGCCCUUAAUCACUUCAGAUGGGAUUGGCACCUAGACAUUGAGAUCGGCUAGAGAACCAUGGUAAACACACUUCGUAGGGUAUCUCAGUCAGCAGAAUCAUCUUUUUUGUUGAGGUACAGCACCAGGAGAAUGUUCAAGGCUGUCCAAAAUCGCCCUUUAUGGGUCAAUGGUUGUGAAUACAGGAGUGGUUUGUAUUUGACUAUGAUAAUAAAUGUUGGAACCUUAAAGACAGUU